UUGGCGUCAGUAAAAGCCAGGUAGCCAGAGGGAGUAGGUACCACUCUACAGUACUCAUCUGCUUGCUCGACACUCCUCAAGUAUUCAGUUCUUACUCUUUUAUACCUGGACCGAUUGGAGUAGAAGCCAAAAUCGUCUUAAUUCGUUUAUCUGUCGUUACUGAAUACCUGGGAAAUCAAAAAUUACGUCAACAAUAUUGGCUGCGAUAAAAUUUAGCGUUCGAAGAUGGCUCAAGAUUUCGUGGCGGGAUGUCUUGGAGGAUGCGCCGGGGUAGCAGUGGGUCAUCCCUUCGACACAAUCAAGGUCAGAAUGCAAACACAAGACUUCCGAAACCCGAAGUACCGAGGGGCCUUCCACUGCUUCAGCAGCAUCCUCAAGAAUGAAUCCAUCCGCGGGCUGUUCAAAGGCAUGUCUUCCCCGAUGGCCGGAGUGGCGGUUGUCAACGCUAUCAUCUUCGGUGUCCAGGGCAACGUCUCGAGACACAUGAAAGACCCUGAUGCCUUAAGAUCACACGUAAUAGCAGGUUCAUCAGCUGGGCUAGUGCAAGCUUUCGUCACGUCGCCCAUGGAACUGUUGAAAACCAGACUACAAUUGCAGGAAUCUUCCGCCCUUACAAGUCCUAUUGAAUGCGCGAGAAGAAUUUUCCAGACGGAAGGACUCAAAGGGCUUUUCCGAGGACAGAUGAUCACCGUAAUGAGAGACGUUCCAGCCUUCGGGACGUAUUUCCUGACGUACGAGUACCUCUCCCGAAUGUACGUGGAUACCGACGGGCUUCCCUCGGCCCCCGCAGUGCUCAUGGCAGGCGGCAUGGCUGGGGUCGCCUCCUGGAUGCUCACGUACCCCAUAGACGUCGUCAAAACUAGACUGCAGUGUGAUGGUAUAGGUGGCAUCAAUAAAUACAAAGGCAUCUUAGACUGCGUGAAGGUGGGCAUCGCAGAGGAGGGCUUGGGUUCCCUCACCCGUGGCCUGGCCCCGACCCUCCUGCGCGCCUUCCCCGUCAACGCCGCCACCUUCGCCGUCGUCACCUGGACCAUCCGCCUGUUCCCCGACCAGGACGCCGAGGACAGUGGCAACGCUUGGAGAGACAUCCUCACCCUCGGCGACGAGCUGGUGAACGCGGCGACGGCCCCCUCGCUCCACCAGUUCAGAAUAAAGCACAUGAACCCCUUCCACGUGAACUUCAACCUGCUGCCGCAAGUCAUGGCCGACUCCGACGCGCAGGCAGAGCCCAGCGAGAGAACUUCCGAAACUGCGAGCUACGAGCACAGCUUACGAGGCAUCAACGAGGCUCACAACUACCACGGUUUCUGGGCGAAGUAUGACCACCUGAUCUCCAGCACGCGGUGUCCCUUCCAGGCGAUACAUAGACAUCAACAUAACUUAAGUAAUGCGUUGUAAUUUUAGUGUAGGCAGUGCGAGGCCGAUAGUGGUCUCUGCAAUACCCAAUGGCAAAACGACUUUCUUCAAAGUUCAAAUUCUUGUUUUAAGUGCAUCUCAAGUUCUCUUAUAGAGGACUUUAUUAAUCAAAUUUAAUUAUUUUAGCAGACCUAAGUAUAGGCCUAUAUAUUCUUUUUUUUUAGGUAUGAAUUAUUUAUCUUAUAUCAAAACUGUUACCGCGUCCCUUGUUAGAUUUGUUGUGUAUAGUUAUCAGCAACAUUUUAUUUCAUUGCAAUUCAUAUUCCCUAAAAGUUAUGCGAAUUCUCUCCACUUGUGUUUGUUUUAAACUGUGAUGACUUCAACGUAUCACUGGACCACCGCGUGCAUCUGUAAAAACAACUCGUUUUCUGUUUUGACUAGUCUCGUUUUCUCUUCUUCAGUGUCUUUCUCCUGUUUCAUCCGGGUAUAGCAUACUUCCCCCUCCAUUUUGUACCAGUUUUCUUGUCUCUGUGGCUGUGAAUCAUAUAGCCGACACCAUAAGGUUCUCUUGAUUAAUGAGUUUUACCUGUGAUUAAAAGGCGUUUAGUGUGGAUCGACAAUCAUAGAUGUCAAGGCUCCAAAACUAUACUCAUUUUUGUUAUCGAGGAGAAGGUGCACUUUAAACGUAUAAUGAUUAUUUGAUAAUCGUCUAAUUGCUGCUGAUAAUUAUUCAGAAUAGGACAAUGGAACUCGGUCUUUUCACACCCAGUGAGUCAUAAACAAAAUUUUAAAGUACAUCUUCGACUUGAAUAAAAAUAGUACAGUUUCCCCUGAAGUGAUGUGAUUGUCACAUUUUCUUUUCAUCCUAUGUGUACUAUCUCUGCCUUUUCAAUGUGUGUUGUAAAUUGAUUGUAAUCCCUGUGUUUGUUUGUGAUUAUAAUUAUUUGACCCAUUGUAUCAUCCAUUUGCUCAAUUUGAAAACAGUAAGCGUUUAUUGUGAUGUAUUCCGUCAUUUUGGCAAUUACUGUGUGUCUCUCUCACCCCUCGAUUUAAAUCAUUUUACCCUAGAUUUGUAUUUUAAAAUCUUAAAAGAAAAAUAAAUUAAUGAAUUGAAAUCUA